CAUCUGACCGCAGUUCCGGGACGGUACCGGUACGGUUCUUGCGGUUCCGGGACGGUUCCAUGGGACGGGACGGUGCCUGUGCAGCAGCCCUAGACCUAACGCUAUAUUCAUAUUCUCUUUUAUUCUUCGGUUUAUUCAAUUCCGAGGUGCUGUUGAUGAGGGGUUUUGGAGGAGAUUAUCUUCUCUAAAUCUUGAUACAUUAGGGAGCUGGUGGGAAUUGAAAAUCACUCAAGUCAUCGCUAGAUAAGAGCAAGUAGUGGUGAUUGCUAGCAAUAGAUUUGGGGAUUUCUGGUGCAAACUGAGAUUCAUUGUGCUUCAGGGAGUUAAGAACAUGAAUGGUGAUUCAAUCGACUUGGGUUUGUGGUAAAUUUCUAUUUUCAGCUCUUGGCGUCAAUUGAAAAGAAGAUGGCAGCAAACAAAGCAGGGUUUUCUGUGUGGUGCUGGUUUUGGGGUAAUGAAAUUGUUUUCUGCUUGUCAAAUCGUUUUAUCGAUACAAUUUUUGUCCAUUAAAAUUGAUUUUAAUUGUGUGUUUGAUAUUUUAUUUUUAGGCUAAUAUCUACAGGUAGAUUUGUCUCUUCACCGACAUAAUUUUAGGUUUUGUAUUUUGAUUUUUUUUUAGUUGGUAUGCAUGUUCCCUUUUGUUUUUUUGUGUAAACAAACAAAAAAAAAAAGUGUUUGAUAUGAUGACUGAAUGAAAACAACUACCGUUGAAGGUGUUUUUCUGGGGAAAGAAGCCCAAGAUCUCCUCUGGAAACUUUAGAUACUGAUAAGCUAGAUGGGCAGUACCAGCCAGAAGUACAAUGUUAUACCAGGAUCUGAUCUUGCUUGGAACAACAAUGGUACAAGCACUAAUGAUCUUGAGGAUGCAAAGAUUAUGCUGACCUUAUUGUUGAGGAGCGUCAUAGUUGCAGGUAGGCUUUCUUUUUAUGCUUAUUUUUCUUCAUUCAAUUAAGCUUCCAUAGAGACGGCUUGAGCAUUGGUACAUCAAACGUAAACAUGGGUGACGGCACUGGUGGUAAUGGGGCAAGCCAAUAUGGUUUUGAAAAUGUUGUGGGAGGAGUUGCUGGGGAAUUCUCUUCGAGGAUAAAACUCUUUUUGAGAGAAUAACAAUAACUAUCUAUUUGAAUUCAAAAGUAUCAUAGUUAUCAGCGGUUUGAGGCCUACGGAUUUCUUUUCAUCUAGCCAAUUCCUCAGAAAAAAUUGUGGGUGAUUCUUCCACCAUGGAAUCUGAUAAGUGAGAUUUCGUUCUUGUUUAUGAUAACAGCUCUCGAAGCAGUGAGAUGGAAGAAAGGAAAUAUAUAUGUGCUAAUGGAUUGGAUUCAAGAUACCUGACUGUUGUGAGAUUUUGUAAAGUUCGUUGGUAUGGCACCUAUCCCGUAUGGAGUCAUGUAUGCUUAGUUAUUUGUGUGUGUAAACUUGAGUUUGGUAUUGAUGGACUCAUUGGGUUCCCUGGAUCAAGACUUGGUAGCAAGCAGAAGAGCUUUGGUGAUAUCUUCAUUGCUCAAACGGAAGAGCACAUGGUGUCGUGGGUUCGACUCCCACAGAUAGCAUUGCUAUUUGAGCAGGCUAGCGUGCUUCCAGUUGAAGCUCACAUAGUGGGACUCCAACAAAAGAUAUUGAGCUGGACCAGGAUCUCGGAGAAGCUUUUUAGAAAUCUGUUUCUAAGAGAUAUUACUUCUAUUGUAUUCGCCAGUAUCUUUUUAGUUUCAUCAAGCUCAUAUUUUUAGGAUUUUAGGAUAAGAGAAAAAGGAAUGUGGUGCCAUGAAGUGAUCUUCAUAAACUUAUUUGUCCUCUUGAUUCAGAUAAGAUUAAGCUUCAAUAUCUUUA